AUGGAGUUCGAACUGCUGGAUGCUCCAGUCCAAGGCGAACUCGUCCGGAUAAUCGGUUCAGGUCUGGAGCCCUCCGACAUAGAUGAAGAGGAGAAAGUGGAGGCAUCAGAUCAGAGCCAAGUAGAGGUGAGCAUCCCGCUCUCGGACCGGUACCAGCUAGCUGCAGACUACAUUGCGGACUUUCAGGCCACCCGACAGGACAUCAUCCGAGCUGUCCCCUGCUACGAAGCCCUAAGGGGCUUCGGCAGGGCUUUUCGGUAUCAUAAAGCCACAGAUUAUCAGAGAAGCUUUCCAACAGACAAGAUUCAAGAGUUUUGGUCUCACUCUUGGCACGGAAGCGUUCCGCGGAAGAUUUCCACAGUGAUAGUGCAGAAGAAUGGCCUUGCAGCCAUCUCUGCCGGAACGUUGGCAUCACUACUUCUUGUUUGUCUUUUCGUGGGUGGCUAUCUUCCCGGUUAUGAAAGGGCACCUUUCCAGCAGACGGGGAGGGACUCCUACGUGUUCGGCAUCUGGGGAAUGGUGGGAGGAACUCUCGUUACAAUUGUGACCCUUAUCUGCUGGCAGUGUCGCACCCCGGUCUUCGUCGAUGUCAUGUGCAUCCACCAGUCGGAUCCGGGUUUAAAGGCAGAAGCUCUUCUCAGCAUGGGGGCUCUCCUGCAGAGCUCUGAAUCCUUACACGUUUGGUGGGAUGAGACCUUCGUGGAGAGGCUCUGGUGCGUGUUUGAGGUCGGAGCAUUCCUCGGAAGCUGCAAAGUCUCCGAUUCCAGAAGUGCCAAGACGCUGAUCAUUAGACCGACGAUGCUUGGAACGAGCUCGAUAGCUACAUUCUCUUCAUUGUUUGUGGCGAACCUCAGCUUUAUGGUCAUCCCCUUUGACAACCUUCUGCUUGGCUGGGUCAUCUUCUCUGUCCUCUUCCUUUCUCUUGGGCACUUUGCCGCCCGCUCCUUGCGGAGUUACUUCGCAGCCGUGGAGAGCAUGCUUGUUCAGCUCCGGAACUUUCGCAUCCGAGACGCCAAGUGCCAAUGCUGCACGGUGGGUCACCCAGAAGAUGACUCCAAUCCUUAUUGUGACCGUGAAAUUAUCAACCUUUGCAUUCGCAAGUGGUUCGGCACCGAGUCUGCUUUCGAGAAGUUGGUCGCUACCGACGUGUCCGCCGCCUUGGCGAGAGCCCUCGGUGAUUCGUCUUUCUCCUACCGGUGGCUCUUGAUGGUGUCGGCUCCAUUUUAUUGGGGGUAUAUGGACCAGGUGGCUGCUCGAUUACGUGCAGGGGACAUGAGGGACGCGGCUGUAACGGCCAUCGUCACCUUGACUUUCUCAUUCCUGGCCUUCCCUUUCAUCGGACGUCUCGGGAUUAUCCUGGCCUGCAAGGCUCGACGGCAACGGCAGCAACUUUGGGCAAACGAGCUCGUGACCUUUGCAGUGUUCGUUGCUGGCUUUCCGGUUGCGGGGGCCAUUCUUACCAUGCAGUCCCUGCUGCUGCGAGUUAUGGACCCACUUGCUGGAGCGAGCAUGUUUGCUGCCAUCAACCUGAUCUUGCUGCUGACGCUUCUGCGACAAUGCUCGCGGAUGUCACUUCUCUCGCAGGAUGCACAGUAG